AUGGACGGAAACAAUUAUUACUCUCCAACAGCACAAUCACCAGGUGCUACCUAUGCUUCGCCACACUAUGUAUCACCAUCAUCAUAUACACCAGGUGGUGUACCAAUGUCUCCUAAUGCCACAUCUAAUCCUUUCCAACCUUCAUCUCACCAACAACAAUUGCAAGAAAGCUUGCCAUCUUUGAAUCAACCAUCUAGUACUACUGCUAAGCGUGAAAAAACUGUAGCUGUUGUUUAUAUUUGCGGACAUUGUGCUGUUUUGAACACUAUUAAACAAGGUGAUGCUAUCCGUUGUAAGAAUUGUGGUUAUCGUAUCAUGUACAAACAAAGAACGACGAGAAGUAAGUGUUAUUUGUGUUUUGUAUGA